CCAUCUCCUUCGUAUCCUUGCCACUCCACCCGUCCUUUCACCCCUUCAUGGAAAUUUCUCUCUCGGCGGCUUCUGCUCGGCAGCCACUCGGUUUUGUGGGGAAACGCGAGACGAGGACGAAAAGGAGCUUCGUGCCCUGAUACAGCAACAGGAUUAAAUAUAUAUGGCCAGCCGACGAGCGCAGUGUUAUCAUUCGAAGAAAAGAGUUGGUCGCAAGUGAACACAGUGUACUUAACCAGGCAGUUCGAUAAGAGUCUUAAGCCUAUCAGGAUAAAGGAUUGCACCCACCUCACACAUCGGUGAAUAGCUGAGUUGAGCGCGGAAGUGACUGCAAUAAGUAAGGGAAUCACUGGCCCACGGAAUCACCCAUCCACGGAUGUGUCUGUACUUGGGAGUGGUGGAGCACCUGCUGGAUGUGGUGGCCUACUGCAUGUGCCGUGUCCUGGAGCUGUCCCUGUUCGCCUGCAUGAUGGUCUGCGGCUCCAUGAGGGCCAAGCUGACCCACGGACCCACCAACGAGCUGGAGCAAUGACCAGGACACCAUGAGUGCUGCUAAAAGGAUGCGCGCGCGUGUGUGUGUGUGGGUGUGUUUUGGC